AGAAAGAGUACUCAACUAAGAACAACUGAGAAGUGCAGAAAAAAUUGAUAAUGAGKUUUCGGUUCACGAUUUGUGUGACUUGCAUCACGCUCAUGUUGGUGCUCACCAAUCUCGUCGAGUCUGCUCGUGUUGCAUCUGACGACGAGUCCUCAUCCAACGGCGCAAAUAAAAUGAACAAGACAGUGGAGGCAAUGAAGAGCAUUAUUGGUGCACUCGGCAGACAAAUGCUUCUCCAACAACUGUUUCUCGAGGAAAGAAUUCGUUCCGAUGCAGAUUCAGGUGUGAAGCAAGUAAGACACACAAUAGACGGCACWCGCAACUACCAUUCCGCUUCACAUACUGGCAGAAGUGCCGUUUCCAUCCACGACCAUUCCAAUAACAUCCGUACUGUAGGCAUGGGAGAAUUCAUUGGGGUCCUCAAUGGUGUUGAAUUCCGRACCAGACACAACGACUAYCGUCUCUACAUGCCACACAGGACCAAGAAAGACUUCCAUGCUGUWGAAAACAUACCUUUYCCAAAUGUUCCACCUGAGGUGCUGAAUAAGAAUAACGUUUCUGAACAGAUCAAAGAAAUGCGAGAAUGGUUUAAAGCAUGGAAAGAUCAAAAUCACAAGACCAGAGAUUAUCGAAAAUACUUUAAACCAGUUCUGUGUUAUUURGAGGGRGCRUGGACAACCUCUACCAAGGGUAAAGUUGAUGAACCUUUCGAGAGUGACAGRCACUUUGUCGACGCWAGCAGCUGGUUUGACUUGCAAGAGAAAAUCCGCUUCACCUCGUACACUGGUCGCAAGGACAACUUGGAGAACUUCUCGUUUCUUCCAACAACCAUCAUGAACGUUACAGAAGAAGGWUAUCCACAGUUUGCMCAGUGGAACUACCGCAUUGCUUGCCAUCCRCUCAGCCGMGAUCUUCCUCUGAAYCGCCUUCGUGUAGUUGACGAAAUUGGUCUCCGUUUGUCUCACCAAAUGACAUACAAUCAGCAUGGCAUGASUCGAGCCGCACGUUUUCARAUCAAUCCUUUUGAUACAGACAAGUGGACUGAACGUAAAAAYGGAGCUCGUUAUGGACUUUUAGAUGAACUUAUGGGUGAGAUUCCUGGAAAAGACAACUAUCAAGGUAACUUGACAGACAGUGCGUUCGACAUAAUGGCAUUUUCUAGAAACCCCAAGAUCAAGGAGAAGCUCAGAGCAGGCCGGUACCAUCGUUGGUUUGAAGUCGAACAAGUAGGAGCAAUGGGUCUUUCGGUACGCCAUCGUGGAUACUCCGAUGCCACCGUCUUCAUGGCAAUGAACACCCAGCCAAAGAUCGCAGGAUUGGAUUUGACCCGUUGUACAGGUCCGAGGAAAAACCGUGUUUGCAAGACAAUUAAUCAAAAGUGGUCGUACGCCAUUCCUCUUGAGAUCAUCUACUUGACACCAUUGAACAAGUGGAAUCCUUAUAACAUCCAAUACAAAGGUGAUUCUAGGUCAACACUUGGUAAAACGGUUGAAGCAGGAGGUACUCGCAAUGGAGGGUUCUCGAAGGCKAAAGCCUUUAAUGGCAUACACAGUAGAAAGUACUACCAAACACCYGUGGAGUUCUUUUCAGGGGGCGAGGUUGGKUCAGGAGCAGCAGACACGACAAGGAGCUCUGUUGGAGUACUCGACAAAGAAGGUAAUYUACAUAAGUGCGCAGCCAGUGGGACACGAAUCUUCUUUCCUCAAAUUGCUGGUGUUGGCAUUCUACGUCAGAGAUAUCCCAUCAUGCCUGUUCAUGGUGAAGGAAGUUCUGUUUGGAAAGAACUGGAAGCGAUUAAAGAUUUACUGAUGAAAUCUAAGACCUAUAACUACAUUUUCCGCGAUGAACCAUUAGGCGGUGGGUCAUCCUCAGGUGGCGGCGGUGAGCCUCCCAAGGUCAUCAGAUACAAUAUGCAGUUGUCAAGAAGCAACAAAACUACUCCUCAUGUACACGUAGUUGAAUUGACUCCAGAUGAGGUCGAUUACAUUAAAGCGGGGCAGAUAUUAGUGAAGACGACAGAGCAGACUAACGGUCACGUGCACCGCUUGACGUUACAGAACAGGCCGGGACGAACCUUCUAUAUUAGGAAKUGCGACAGUCGAGACACAAGAACAACAAGAUGUUGGGACCAACACAACCGCUGGAUUAUACGUCUACCCAACCAGUAAUCCCAUCAGUUGGUUUCACUUGGUCAAACAUAUCGAAAUAAGUGAUCAGAAUGAUUCAAUUAAAGCAUAUGACGUCACUGAGGGAUCUGUAAACACAUACAUGUUAUUUUCAACGGCUGUGAAGUAGCUAACGUACCCUGGGUACCAGAGCGUUAUCYUUUACCCUCUCUCAUAUUUCAUUUUAAGGUGGUUUCACCGUUUCAUCGACCUUACCGCUUCAAAAUUAGCAGCACUUUGGCACCGUAUAUAAACUAUGAGAAAGCAAAAAUUCCAAUUUCWGAUAUCCAGGGUAUAGCUACGGAGUUGAUAUUGUCGGGCAAUCAUCUAAGAACUCAUAGACUUUUCUAUUUCACAAUCAUUGAGAAAUCGUUAUAUAGGUGCAGGGUAUACAAGCUAACAAAAUAUAUAAACAGUUGAUUGUUUUCUUUGAAUCUAAGCAAAGGGCAAUAAACAAGAAAACUACA